AUGGCUCAAUGUGUUCAGUCCGUACAGGAGUUCACUCAGGACUCUUUUGUCCCGAUGGUAGCCGUCUUAAGCAGCCCUGAAGCAGAGACGGUAUCUCGCAAGAACAAUCUGAAUUUUGCUGAGCUGCUGAGGCCUUUCUGCAGACUGACAUCUGAAGGGCACAUCCGGGAUCCCAACAACCAGCUGCAGACGGUGAAAAACUUGCGUAUUUGUGUAAACAACCUGGUCACAAGCCCAGUUCCAACAUCUGGCUCUCUGAGCCCAGCUCAGUACCGGAUGCUCAGUGAGGUGGUCCUGUCCUUUCAGCCACAGGAGGGUGCUCAGGCCACCGUUGUUAAAACAGGAGACUAUUCCCUAAACCUGAGUGUAACCACGCCCUGGUUUGAAGCCUACAGGGAUAACUUUCUGCAGUCGAUGCCGGCCUUAGACCACGAGUUCCUGAAUCACUACCUUGCCUGUCUGCUGGUGGUUUCCUCCACUGAGGCGGUCCCUCUGGAGCAGUUCCUGAAGCUGUCCCAGGAGCAGCACCGGGUCCAGCACAGUGGAGACUACACCCAUCCCAAGUGGUUCAUCCCAAACACACUCAAGUACUAUGUCCUACUGCAUGACAUGAGCGAGGGGGACGAACAAAGGGCUGAGACGGUUUAUGAAGACAUGAAACAGAGGUACGGUCCUCAUGGCUGUUAUCUGUUGAAGAUAAACUCCCGGACCAUUUCCGCAGAACAGGAUGAACAGAUUCCCGACCCCUGGAGUCAGUACCUGCUCAGGAGCAACCAGAGGAACCAGGUGAGGACUUGAGAACUGCUGAUCAACAAUGUUUGUGAAGCUGAAGUAAACUCAACAGAGAAAGAUGGACCUGUAGAGUCCAGUAGUCUGGAGACCCAUCCUCUUCAGCUGGACACAGACACAAGCUCAGCAAGCCUCCACUCUCUGGGUGAUGUCACCACGGAGGUGAGGAAAGGUCCGAGGGACUCGGAUACCACGACUCCAGGAAACUAUGGAGCCUGUCUGACGCUGAACGACCACGACCACAUCAGACAGUUUGUCCAAGAAUUCACCUUCAGAGGCCUGCUGCCACACAUCGAGAAAAACAUCAGACAACUCAACGACCAGCUUAUUUCCAGGAAGGGACUGAGUCGAUCCCUGUUCACAGCUACGAAGAAAUGGUUUGGCGGAGGUAAAGUUCCAGAGAAGGGCGGCAGUGAACCAAAGAGUACAUUUGGCCUUCUAUAUCCUGCUGAAGCCCCAGAGCUGCAGAUCAGGAAGAUGGCAGACCUGUGUUUCCUGAUUCAGCACUAUGAGCUGGCCUACAACUGCUACCACACUGCCAAGAAGGACUUCCUCUCCGACCAGGCCAUGCUGUACGCAGCGGGAGCGCUGGAAAUGGCUGCAGUUUCAGCCUUUCUGCAAGGUGGAGCCCCCAGACCGUAUCCAGCUCAUUACAUGGACACUGCAAUACAGACGUACAAAGAUAGAAGGCACGCUCUGCGGUGUUACUGCCAAGCCAUGCAGGUGUACAAGGAGAGAGGCUGGUCUUUGGCUGAAGAUCAUAUCAACUUCACAAUCGGUCGCCACUCUUUCACCCUCAGCCAGCCGGAGAAUGCAGUAACAGCUUUCAGACAGAUCUUGGUCAAUGACAGCAGACAGACAGCUACACAGCAGUCUGCCUUCCUCAGAGAGUUCCUCUAUGUUUAUAAGAAUGUGACUGGAGAAAAUGAAGGAUGCCUACCUGAGCUACCCCUGCCCUUCAUUCAUAGCUCUGCCACAAGAGUCUUCUUUGGACAUGAACGACGCCUUGCAGAAGGAGAAAAGCAGGCAGCCACUCAUGUGUCGUUGGAUCAGGAGUUCGAUCAGAGCUCAUCAGCCAUGUGGUGCCAUCUGGAGGAGCAGCUUGUGUCUUCGGCCAAUCGUGGGAUCAUUCCACAGAACUUCCAACCAACUCAGAGCUGUUUGAACAGUCAGACGGACAACCUUCGUCACCCGCUGGCUGUGGUGGAUGAACCAAUCAUAGUUGAGCUGACAUUCAGGAAUCCUCUAAAGGUUUCUUUGACCUUGUCCAAUCUCUCACUUCUCUGGAAGUUUACUGCUGAUGGGACCGUUUUAACACAAAAGACAUGUGAGCAGAUCACAGGAGAGACGAUCAGUAAUGAGGAGGCCUCAGCUCUGCAGACUGCACAGAAAGAUGGCAUUGUCACGACUGAAAUCAUCAAAGAUUUUGAGAUCGGAUCGGAAGAAACCAAAACGGCCAGACUGAGGCUCCUGCCACACAGAACAGGUCAGCUGAACAUUGCUGGCGUAGUUUACGACCUGACUUCAUCUUUUGUUGGGGAAACAACUUCAAAUGCUGAAGGUCAACAAACACCGAUUCUGAUGACGGUUCGUGGCAGACAGGACCUGAAGAUCCAGGGCCCACGACUAAACCUGACCAAAGAAGACAAGAUGCAGGUUCGACACGGUACCGAUCGACGUCUGGAUCCCAUCAUAACACCCCUGAUGCCCCUGAUGGAGGUCUUCUUCCUGCAGUUUCCCACUGCUCUGCUGUGUGGUGAGAUCAGAAAAGCCUUUGUGGAGUUCUGUAAUGUCAGUGCUGUUCCUUUGCGUGGUCUCCGUGUGGUGUCUACCCACCCUGACUUCUUCACCUUCGGCAGUCAGUCCUCAACACCCUCCACUCCAGUCUCGGCUGAAAACUGCUCAGCCUAUAAAACAUUUGCCACAAACAUUCAGCUGGGUUCAGAAGCCUCAGAGAGUUUCGUUUCAGCCGAAGAGUUUGGUCAGCCAUCGGGGGUGAUGGAAAUCCCUGUACAAGGGGGUAUGCUUCAACCAGGGGAGUCUAUUCGGCUGCCUCUGUGGCUCCGAGGGCCAGACCAGGAGGGGGUCCAUGAAAUCAACUUUCUGUUCUACUACGAGAGCUCAGAGAAACUACUCAAAAUCAGUCAUCGAGUGUUGCGCCACACGGUGUUUAUCUGCACCAGUCGUUCUCUGAGCAUUCAGGCUUCAGCCUGCCGCAGCACCGCUCCUCCUCCUCACUCUGUAGAUGAUAAAGGCAGCCGGGGAACUUUGGUCUUUAUCGAUGUGGAGAACGUCAACACGAGUGAAGGUGGCGUGCGGGAGUUCCACAUUGUUCAGGUGUCCAGCAGCAGUCAACAUUGGCGUCUCCACAAAUAUAUUAAUCCCUCCAAAGAUAAUGAUUGCAAACUGAGCAGCAGAGAAAGAACCAAACUUUGUUUUCGGGCUACACGAUGCAAACCCCAUCAAGCCAACUUGGACACCGCUGAGAAAUACACGUUUGCAGAUGUGAAUCUUGGAAAUGAACGGAUCAUCAGUUCUUACACUCCCUGUGGAGAUUUCUUCUUCCGUUGUUGUUCCACAUCAGCCUUUCAGCCAGUAGAUUUAAAAUCCAGGGCACCCAACAACAGCAAAAGUCAGAACUCUGGACCCACUGACACCUCUGCUGGUUCCAACCUCACAUGGAUCGCCAAGAAGUGUAAUGAGCUUGACCUCAACCUAAUUAUCAUCUGGAAGGCAUAUGUGAUCGAAGACAACAGACAGCUGAUCUUGGAGGGUCAGCUCCAUGUAGCGCUGCAGACGUUUGGUAAAGAGACCAGUUCUCUGGUUCCUAAAGAGGAGGCCCAGGAGAUGGUUCUACUCAAGUUUAAGUCGGAGUUACCUCCCCCAAUCAUCCUGCCUUUACCAGAACUUUCUCAGCUCAUUAAAACUAACCUGCACUACCCUGAAACCUUCACACAUCACUUCGUCCAGGACAGUCUCUGUCUGGUCCCAGUAACUCUGACCCUGUCCAACUGCUCCUUGGCUCUGAUAGACGUCAUCAUCGACCUCAGACACAAAAGCUCCAGUCUGGAGUCUCUGGAGGUCCACAGUUCGUUUGCCUGGGUGGGUCAGAGCCAGUACAAGCUACAGCUGGGCCAGCAGGAGGUUGUGAGCCUCACGCUGAAAGCCUGCUUUUUUCGAGCAGGAGUCUACAACCUGAACACACCACGCAUCUUCGCCAAGCCUGCGGAGCAGAGCUCCAUGUGCGAGACGAGUCAGCAAACCGCCAGUCCUGCUCUCAUCAUCAUCAACAGCACCUGACAGAACCGAGCCGCACUGAACCGGGCCAGGCCGGCGGCUGCUGCACAGGAACAAAACAAAAAAAACGAAGUGUAUUUAAAGCAUUCCUUCAAACAGAGACUAAUGAGCUGAUGGGACAGGUGUAGAUCUUCAUUUCAUUAGCCAUAUUUAUUUUAUUUGAUUUUACCUUUUACUGGGUGCUUCCCUCCUUUAUGAUGAUACUUUGGUUUAGUUAC